AACAAUAGAUUUGUAACGGGUAUAUAACCAAUAUUAAAUAGACCGUACCCGUACUAAUAUCUAUUUAUAGAUAGAAGUUUACAUUGUUUUGACGCAGAUAAGAAAUAAAAAUGGAGGACACGAAACUUUUUGCGAUUAUUUUGCUGUCAAGUUUUUCAGGAAUACUGGCUGGAGAAUGGUGUACGGAAUACACCGAUGACUUGUUUGACAGCACAGACACAAUUUAUUGUGAAGAUGGGUGUUGUGGGAACUCCUAUGACCAAUACUGCUGUUUAAAUGGACGUACUGGCAUGAUCGUUGGCAUUGUUAUAGGCUCAUUAGCCCUGGUUGCCGCUAUUGUGUCUAUCCUUGUGGCUGUAUUCUGUUGUUGCCGGAAGUCUAGGGGACGAGCUGGACAAGUCUGCCAACCGACUACUGGGGCUCAUACAACAGUUCAAAUGCAAGGCAUGGCGGGAUAUGGUCAGGUGGGAUAUAAUGGCGGAAUCCAGUAUCCGGUAAUGACGUCAAACGUCGCCCCAGGAACGGUGCAGCAAUGGCAACAGCCACCCGCAUACGAUCAACUUCAACAAAAACAAUAAACGUGCCAUACAUUUAAGUGCAUAAUUUGAAUGCGUUUUUAACGCAUUGACUUUUGCUCGUCAUGUGAAACGAAUAUUUUCUUAUAAGCAUCAUCCUUUUUGUGUAUUUCACAUAAUUUUUAAAUACUAUAUAUCUGUCACUAUGUACACGUACAACGCAUUAACAAAGUUUUCCAGUUUGUUCAGUGUCAAAUAGACUAAUAAAUUUGAAUUGAAUUUUGUUUACAAAAUCAAUCCAAAAAAAAAUAAAAUAAAAUAAAAAAGGAUAAUAACAAUUAACGGAAUAUAAAUAAUGUAACUAUUAUACUUUCUUUUUCAUAAUCUCGUGCAUUCACAUUUUUGUAUCACUAACACAUUUAGCAUACGCUUCCUUACAUAUGUCUAUAACUGUUUUUUCUUUUGAUAAAUUUUAUAGAUUUACAUAAAGAUAUAUUGCCACAUCAACUUGGCAAAAGGAAAGUUAACGGUAAAAGAAGCCUUUUUUAAAAUAAAUUCGAAUCAAUGACGUUUUAAUGUUUUUUUGUAAUAAAUAUGUCUUGUGUAAUUAAAAAUUUGUAAUUUUUUAACAAAAAUAAAAUGCUGGUUCAUUAUAAACCUU